CCCGACGAGGGUUUUGUACAAUUCUACAACCAAACUGCAAUGCGCUGGGACUUGGCAUGUGAUCAACAGUUUUCUGUCGAAGUCGGACAAGUUAUUUGUCAGGAACUUGGUGCCCCAACUAUGAACGCGAUCGUGAGGAGCUCUCAUUUAUUGGACUAUCAAUUGUACGGAUUUGAAAAUCCGCUAGUCACCAAACAUAUCUGGAUGGAGAGCUACGUGUGUCAAGGGUUAGAAACCAGUCGUUCGGAUUGUGUGCGACGCUGGAACUAUGAUUUUUCCAGAUGUAGCCAAGUCCGCGAGUAUGUAUUUCUCCGAUGUGCUCUGUGGCCUCUGCUAAACGGCAACAACAAGAACGAGUCUAUCGAUCGCAUGUUAUGGUCGGACACGUGGGGCAAUUUGCGUAUCAUCCGGCUGGAUUCGGACCUGGGCGAAUCGGAUGAGCAGAACCAAUCUGUGCUAGAACAUGUGCAUUUCGAACGUGCGGGUCUUUUGCAUGGACAACGUGUGCCGGCCUUAAUGAGCAUACGAACCAACCCCAAGCUGUCCUACAUCCGGAUUGAUGACUGUCUGGGUUCGGGCAUCAGUUUAAUCGAUGCCAGUGGAUUCGUGGACGUGACAAACUCCACCAUUCGUGGCUGUUUAGGUCGGGCAAUCGAAGUCGUCCAGCUGAACGGAGAUUCCACCGAUCCGACCACAGUGGGACUUGAAAAAACAAAGAAUUUUGACUCCCACAUCCCACGGUUACCACCGAGGCAGGGGUCCCUGCUUCCGGAACCAAGACCAACUCCGGAACAGACUGGUAAUGCAAACGGUCCAUCGGCCGAAAAUGCUCGUUUACCGUUACCUUUCUAUCCUAUGGAAGCAGAUGAGCAACACACACCCGGUUUUGUGUCAAUGUGUGCCGGUGAGAAGUGGAUCCCCGUGAUCGACCGAGUGCUGAUCAUUUAUCGGUACAGCUGGUAUCAGGCGCACUCGUGCACAAAACUAUUUCGCUCAGUUGUCCCCGGACGCCGUUUGGCAUGGCGAUUUUUGGCGGUCAAUCUAUACGAGGAUCCUAUAUUCCCGAAUGGAAUCGAACUGUAUAAUGGGGCUCAGUUCAACACUACCUAUCGAAUUGCUGUCAUCAACGCGGCUUCGUUGACGAAUCGGACACGUUCGGUCGAUGAACGGUACACUGUGAUCACUUCACCGAUUCACGACCUGUUAGGGGUGCGUAUGCAUUCCAGUCCGGCAAGUCACAUGUUUGGAUUCAUUGCCGAAGUGAUCACACUGCCCUUGUCACCCGUGAAACCUUAUCAUCACCGAAUUGAGUCGUGCGACUUUUUGGAAAACCAAGGUGGGGCAGUUCGAAUACUCACUGUGGGAGAAGCUGGUCCCCGAGUUAAAUUGGCUCAUCUCCGUUUGGAACGCAACGGUUUGGAUGUAUUAAAUUUAACAGGACCGGUCGGUAUCGAUUUGCGACUGAGCAAUACUCCAAGACUAAGUCUGACUAAUUGCUUGAUUGGACAUCACAAGGGAGACGCUAUUCGCAUUGCACUUUAUGCGGGACAGUUAACCAGAGGCACACAGGGAAAUAUCACCAACAACGUGAUUCUGCGAAACCACUUCAAUCAGCUUCAAAUCCGGCGCAAUUACAUAGCACAUAAUAACUGUGGUGCUCGGGACUUGAUCAGUCUCGUAGGUGUUCUGGUGCAACCAUUUGCCCACAAUUUCGUUCACGAUAACAGAGCCGAUGUGUUACUCAAUGUGACUAAUCAAGAGGGACUCAGUCGCGGCUCACUAUUUGAGUACAACGGAUUUUAUAAGAAUGAGGCAACGAAUUAUACACGCCGGACAACCGUGUUUGUGGGAACUUCCAAAAACACUUUUCGAGACAAUUAUUUCAAGAAUCCACUGAAUGACUAUGAGCUUAGCGUCGGAAACCGAAGCGUGAUGCGACGUCUGCCAAUUCAACCUGGUACACGUUGUCCUCAGCCGGACGAUACUUGUCCUCAUGGAUGGACACUGAGACUGGAUUUUGAUGCCUGCUUCUGCUAUCGUCCCGACCCAGUAGACGCACAACGCAACUGGUGGGGUGAUACGUACACAAACGUGCAGCUGCAGCAGCAACAUCAACAACAGGCAAUUUCAAAGAACCGCCGUUCAGCGCAAGAUCUGGCCGCGGAACAGUUGAGUAACAGAUUGAUUCAAAGUUUUGCAAGGAGUCGUAUAUUCGAUUGGGAGGAUGAUGCCUAUCUGAUGUCGGUUGACUACGCUCAAGCCUACGCUGAUAACAGUUCCGUGCUAGGCCCAGGAAUGCACUGUCCCCCCACAUGGUCUUUUCUCAAUUAUAACUGCUUCUUCUAUUUCGGUGCCCCAAUGACCUAUCGAGAGGCACAUGACUUUUGUUUGAACGAAGUUGGAGGAGUUUUGGCGAAAUUGUCGCUACCUUCCCGACGUAAGCGUUCCGACCCCUGUAUUGAGUUAAGACGGGACGGUCUAUGGACACGUGCGGUUUCACAUUCUAUCCGCAGUGGAGGCAGUUUCCAUCCGUCUUCACAACUCCCCUCUGUGGGCUCAGAAACAAUUUGUGCAAGCACUCAAGCUCCCAUGGCUGGAUUGCCGACAAGUGACUUGUCAUGA